AUGGCGUGGUCGAAAUCGACUCGAAUUACCGUCAUGCUGGCCAUUGACACCGCCUUCUUCUUCUUGGAAGUGGGUGUUGGAAUGAUCGUGGGCUCUCUCGCUCUCAUGGCGGAUGCUUUUCAUAUGCUCAACGAUAUCAUCUCCCUCCUUGUUGGCUUGUGGGCUUGGCAAAGAGCAGAAAUUCUCGGUGCCUUUUUCAAUGCUGUAUUCCUCAUUGCCUUGUGUCUGUCCAUCAUACUCGAGGCGAUCACUCGUCUUCUCGACCCGCCCAAGAUUAGCAACCCUAUACUCAUCCUUGUCGUUGGCUCACUGGAACUCACCUCAAAUGUUGCGGGUUUUUUCGUUCUAGGGCAUUCGCAUAGUGAAACAGAGCAGGACGACCAUGCCGACGAGGUCCGCAUCGUGGAAGAAGGAGGUGGUGAUGGCGUGCAACGUAUAGACGUGCCAGGAACAGAAUACGCAGGUACGCUGCGCAGCACCCCGUCCCGAGCUGUUGACCAUCAUGCUCACAACCCUAUAGGUCCUACAUUAGUAGGUACACCUUCACCGAUCCGAGACUUUCCAUCGAGGAAGAAACCCAUGGCUUCGAAUCUACGACGACAAAGUCGUAGCGGAACCUGGCGCAUCGUGGAUGGAAGCGUUCAUCCUGCAAGCUUCAGACAAGAGAUUGUCAACCUCAGUAAAACGAUAAAGAACAGGGCCGCAACCGCGACUGCAAGUGAGGAGCUCGAAGACGAUGUCGCAGAAGAGCCCUCUGAAGCCCCUCUACUUGGGAAAAGCUCCAAGCCCAAACGCACUCGUGACCCAUUCUAUGGGACUAGAGGUGCUCCGCCUAAGCCUUCGCAUCUCGGUCAUAAUCACAACAAGCUAAAACAGAUUACCAAAAGCGAGUCUGACAUGGGCACCAGUGCGAUGAUCUUGCACGUCAUUGGAGACGGUCUUGGCAAUGCUGGUGUGAUUGCAUCGGCACUUAUCAUAUGGCUUACUCCAUGGUCUGGCCGUUUCUAUGCUGAUCCUGCCGUCUCCCUGUUCAUCGCAGUCAUCAUCUUGAAGACGACUAUUCCUUUGACUUCGGCAAGCGCCAAGAUACUGCUACAAGGCACACCGGAUCAUCUUGAUAUCAAUGAUAUCAAAAAUGAUGUGCAGAAGAUCCCGGGAAUCCUCCAUUUGUGGCAGUUGAGCGAGACCCAGCCAAUUGCGUCUCUUCACGUUCAGCUCGAUUUCUCCAUCGAGCGCGGUGAGGUUGCUGAGAGAUACAUGACAGUAGUAAAGGCAAUUCGGGAGUGUCUCCACGAAUAUGGCAUCCACAGUGCUACUGUUCAGCCCGAGUUCUGCUUGGACCCUGAACACGACCAUGCCGACCAGGUACACAUAUCGACAAGCCUAGACGGUUCUGAAACACCGCUUCCGAUCAGCGGUCUGGAUGAAGAUGCAUGUCUUGUCGGGGCGCAGGGAACGCUGGCUGUUCACGUGCCUGCCGAGCUCAACUCGGCACACCUUCCUGCUUCCUUGGCUGGCAGGAGACAUUCCUCGGCUGCGUUUUUGCAAGAUGCUACUGUUCAGCUUCUCAUAUCUCCAGAACAGAGAACGGAACAACAAUCCAUCUCAUAUUCGUCUUUUUCGGCUAUAGAAAUGAAUCUCUUCAAUCGGUCACAAAACGCAUGCCCGGACAUUUUGGCCAGCAAUUGCAGCAUUGAUCCUGAACCUAAGCUUCCCCCGCAAGCUGAAGACCCCUCGAACCGAAAAACCCUUCCAGUCUACAACCACAAUGGCGACAUAGUCACUAAGGGCAUUCAUCCAGACGGUGAGAGCGGAAGAAGAGGCUUUCACCCCCUCCACUUCUUUACUGUCGGGUGGCGAAGUUCCAGCAAAGUUUCUCUUGCCGUGAAUGUUCUCUGGCCCUUCGUUCCAGCCGGACUAGCGAUUCACUUCGCUCGCCCAGACCUUCACGUAUGGAUCUUUGCUAUCAACUACAUAGCUAUGGUGCCUGCUGCCAAUUUGGUCGGGUUUGCGGGUCAGCAACUUGCCAGAAAGCUCCCCAAAGUCACCGGUAUCCUACUGGAGACGGCUCUCGGGUCUGUGGUAGAGAUAGUCUUAUUCAUGGUCCUCAUCAAGAAAGACAGCGGAACCGGAAACAAUGCGUCACCAAGAAAUCUGGUUCCAGUAAUUCAAGCUGCUAUCCUUGGAUCCAUCUUGACAAACAUACUCCUGUGCUUAGGCGUCUGCUUUUUCAUCGGCGGCUUGAAGCUGAAACAACAGUCAUUCCACGCCGCAAUCAGCGAGGUGGGUUCAGGGUUGCUUUUGGUGGCGGGCUUUGCCCUCUUAAUACCGAGCGCUUUCUUCUCUGCCCUGAGAGGCUCGACCACCAGUUCCGAAGGUGGAGGCUUCACAGAGGUCCGACUACGCAACAAUACGUUGAAGAUCAGCCAAGUCACAUCUAUUAUCCUUAUCGUGGCCUUCUUGGUAUAUCUAUGGUUCAAUGCGCAUAGUCAGGAGAGCAUCUUCCACGAAGUUCUCGCCUCCGAUGAAGAACGGGACACAGAUCGUCACAGAGAUCUACACAAAGCCAAACUCACCUUCACCGAAUGCGUCAUCGCUCUUGCGAUCUCCCUCACGUUUGUCACUCUGAUCGCCAUCUUUCUCGUCGAGGAGAUCCGUGACAUUGUUCAGACGGGUGUUCCGGAAAACUUCCUCGGCUUGAUUCUAGUGCCGCUUGUUGAGAAAGCAGCGGAGCAUCUUACCACUGUUGAUGAAGCCUACGACAAUCAGAUGAGCUCGAAGAGCAUUGUAUCUGAGUCUUCAUCACUGCGAAUGCCUAACGUGCUUGGGCAGAACUUCGCUCUCUACCACUGCCUUGGACCGUCGAUUCAGACUGCCCUUCUGAACGCACCGCUCGUCGUCGUAGUCGGCUGGGGCUUAGGCAAACCGAUGGACCUCAACUUCGAGAUUUUCAUGUCUGUUCUGCUUAUCCUCUCCAUUCUGGUCGUCGGCAACUUCCUUCGCGACGGGAAGUCUGAUUACCUUGAAGGUGCACUUCUGGUGGUGAGUCUCCUGCAAAUCUUGGCAGUCUUUCGAAUUGGUCAACCAGCAUUUCGGAACCGAAAAGAACGAGUUGGACUGAUAUUUGCUGGCACAGAUUGUCUAUGUUAUCAUCGCUAUAACGAUGUGGUACUAUCCCAAUCUAGACGCAAUAACCGAAGCCUAGAAGGCUAGCGUUGUGAAUGCUAAUGAGGAGGCUGUGACAAUGUCAGUGUGAGUGUUUCUUGGAUGGGUAUGUCCCAGUCUUUAGGGAGACAGCUCGUCCUGUGGUCAUACAAUUGCACUAUCGUUACUUUCCUGGUGCGCCCCUUCUUCGGAGCCAGCGAGAAAGCAGGACGUCCUUCAACUGCAUCACGAAUUACUUAGUGUGUAGAGCGCAAUUUGCCGAUGUCUUUCGAGGUAAUGAUUCAGGAGUAGAGCUAAUCUAUCUCCAUGUGCUUCGGUUCAUUUGAUCGCUCAGAGCACUUUCCCAGCCGCUAUUCGUAUCUGAC